ACAGAUAGUUCAGUAAAUAGCAUACGUCACGGAUGCUCUCGUGCGUAUCCAGUUUAUUCGAGUUGAGAUAAAUAAUUCAUUUCGCUCUAGUCGCAGACAAAUCGUGUUCCUUUGGGUAAAUUAUGUCAAAUUCUAUAAUUCCAGUUGUGGAUUUUUCCGCCUAUUGCAUUCAACGCAAUAAACCAGAUGAGGAGAGAUUUCAAAAAUUAAUAGAAGAUGUUCGUGCAGCUCUGUCAACGAUAGGAUUCGCCUAUCUCAUUAAUACCGGCCUUUCCGAAAAUAAGGUAUUCAUAGGGGAUGAAAUAACAAUGGACCAAAGCGAUCUCUAUUAUAGACUAAACCCAACCCGACCAAAGGAUUUGAAGGAAAGCUUGGACUUCAUUCCAGCAACAAGGGAUCAAUUGAAAAAAACGUGCGACAUCAUCACACCUGGAUUUAUAGACAGCGUUUGUGAUCUUUACGACGAACUUAAACAGAUUAAUUUCAGGGUUUUGGAAGUUUUUGGUCAUGCCUUGAAAUUGAAAGAUCCUAUGUUCUUCGUGAAAGCUCAUAGUCGCAUGGGAGAAAAUGACAACCACAGCACCUUUCGUACACUGUACUAUCCACCUUCUACUGACGUCGUACAGAAGGAAGGACAGAUUCGGUGUGGAGAGCAUUCGGAUUACGGUGGUGUGACAUUAUUACUACAAGAUGAGACGGGAGGUCUUGAGGUAAAAGGUCUGGAUGGUAAAUUCCAUGCAGCCACACCUAUGCCAGGCUCUAUUGUGAUUAACAUUGGGGAUAUGCUGCAGCGGUGGACAGCUGAUCAACUGGUUUCCACAGUGCAUCGUGUGGUUGUUCCGAAAGGAACGCGCACUAACAACAGCCGUCAGUCGAUGGCCUUCUUCGGACAUCCCAACAGUAACCAAGAUAUUGUCUGUAUCGACGGCAGUAACAAGUAUCCACCUACGAACUCAGACACGUACAUGGAAUCCAAGUACAGCAAGUCCUUUGAUAAGUAAAAUCAAUAUAAAAACGGAAUGCCCUGACUUGUAACAUUGAUGCUGGGUGACGUUUAGCUACGGUGGUCUGUAAAGUGUCACAGCAAAACAAUACAAAAUAAAAUCACAAUUAAGUGACGUGUUUAUAAAUUUGCCGAGACAGGUAUUUACCACCGUACAAGGGUUUUCUUGUUAUUAUAAAGAGGUACAGAUCUUUGAUAUAUUUUAAUUAGCUCUCAAUGGACUUUUCCGGAUUCUGAACAGGAUCAGGAUUAAGCGCUCGUAUUUACGUACGUUUACACAAUGGUUUUGUAGGACUCAACAAAAUCCCAGGGACGGGCUUAACGGAAAGGCCACUGAAAAUCGGAAUGAGAAAAUAUAUUCCUUACUAAUUAACAGACAUAUAGAAUACCGUCCUUAGAUUUUUGCAUUAACCCUUAAAUUAGCUUUAAGUCAAUUUAAAUAUUUUCGUAGUAAUUGGCUGUACAAUAAUACAAAUUAGAAUUGAACAAUUUAAUUUAACAGAUUUAGAGAUUUUUAACCAGAUUUGACCACCUCGAAGAAGCGACCAAAAAUGUGAUACUAGUUUAAAGCAUUGUAGUCUAUCAAUGAUUAUGCUUAUACGGUAGUUUUUUUAGAAAAUAUUUCCAAAAUCGGAUUCGAACCCUAGGACUUCCGAUCACAAUUCGGUUGUUCGAACGACUGAGCUACAAGCAAUGUGAAAUUUUUAAAGUUUUUGCAUAAUAAGAAGUUAUAGACAAUUGCAAUAUCUGAAAUUAUACUAGAAUGAUACACAAAGAAAGUAAAUAUUUAAAAAAUGCAUAUACUGUAUUGGCCUACUUAUCUGGAAGCGAAAAAAAAAACUCAAGUUUGUCUAUCAAUGAACCAGGAAGCCAAUUCGGUAGGCCUAUACCUUAUGGAUUUUAACAUUAAAACACAUUUUCUUCUGAAGGAGUUUGACAUAAUAAACAAGUUAUAGUCUAGUCUAGUUACAUCCAAUAGUAAAUAUCCUCAGUUUAUAUUAUUGGUAUACAUAUAUCCUCAUUCAUUCUAUGUGAUGUUUGGUUUCAAGAUAGAAUUAUAUGUAAAGCAUCAUUAACAGAAAGAAUUGUAGAGUCGUAUUUAUUUACAAAAUUAUAAUAUAUUUUUUCACUUACUAGUUUUGUGCUGGUAACCAGUUAAUUUGCGGUGGAAUAAACACUUUGAAAUUAAGCGAAA